CGCCGCCGCCUGGGGAGCGGCGCUGCGGUCCGCCGCGGCGCUGAGGGGCGGCCUCGCCUCCGCGCCCGCUCGGCGUCCGGCCCCGGGGCGGGGGCGGGCAGAGUCCUGCGCCGCGCCGAGCAUGCGAGUGCUGGCGGGGCGGGCUGCAGCGGCCGCGGGGCGUCUGCGGCGGCCAGCCGGAGCCGGGGCUAGGCGGCGGGCCGGGGCGGCGGAGCCAUGCUGCUGGCCUCGGCCGUGGUGGUGUGGGAAUGGCUGAACGAGCACGGGCGGUGGCGGCCCUACAGCCCGGCCGUCAGUCACCACAUCGAGGCGGUGGCCCGCGCCGGGCCGCGGGCGGGCGGCAGCGUGGUGCUGGGCCAGGCCGACAGCCGCCUGGCGCCCUACAUCAUCGACCUGCAGUCCAUGCACCAGUUCCGCCAGGACACCGGCACUAUCCGCCCCGUCCGGCGCAGCUACUACGACCCGUCGUCAGCACCAGGCAAGGGAGUCGUGUGGGAGUGGGAGAACGACAGCGGGUCGUGGACGCCCUACGACAUGGAUGUGGGCAUCACCAUCCAGCGCGCCUAUGAGAAGCAGCACCCGUGGGUGGACCUGAGCGCCAUUGGCUUCUGCUAUGUCAUCGACUUCGCCACCAUGGGCCAGAUCAACCGGCAGACCCAGCGCAAGCGCCGUGUCCGCCGCCGCCUCGACAUGGUCUACCCGCUGGUCUCAGGCACCCUGCCGAAGUCACAGUCCUGGCCGGCCAGCCCUGGGGCAGCGGCAGCCCCCCCGGGCCCCGCCUGUGCCUGUCCCCAGUGCCUCCUGGUCAUGAGCGUCAAAGCCACCGUGUCAGCUGCUGGCCCUGGCACUGCCACGCUGCAGCCCCGCAAAGCCCCCCCCGCGCCACCCGCUGCUGCCAAAGCCCUGGUGCUGGCCCCAGGGGCCAAGGCGCCCGAUGGUAUGGCCACGGUGCGUGGCUCGCUGAAGCCGCUGGCAGCCCAAGGGGGCCGGCAGCAGGCAGCCAGCACGCCCACCUUGAGCUCAGCCAGCUCCGCUGCCAGCCCCCCCGGAGCAGGCAGUGGCAAGGCAUCCCGUCCUGGCCUCGGCACCCUGAACCGCAGCCACCUCCAGCGCCUGGCCAUUGCGCAGUCCCGGGUGCUCAUUGCCUCUGGGGUCCCCACCGUCCCCGUGAAGAACCUCACUGGCUCCAGCCCCGUCAACCCAGCGCUGGCAGGGAUCACGGGGAUCCUAAUGAGUGCAGCCGGACUGCCUGUCUGCCUGACACGGCCCCCCAAGCUGGUGCUGCACCCCCCACCUGUCAGCAAAAGCGAGAUCCAGUCCAUCCCCGGCAUCUCCCACACCUGCCGCAAGACCACCAAGAAACAGGCCAAGAAGGGUAAAACCCCAGAGGAGGUACUGAAAAAAUACCUGCAGAAGGUGCGGCAUCCGCCCGAUGAGGACUGCACCAUCUGCAUGGAGCGCCUCUCUGCACCCUCCGGCUACAAGGGACCCCAGCCGGCUGUUAAGCCCGACCUGGUGGGGAGGCUGGUGAAGUGCGGCCACGUCUUCCACCUCUACUGUCUGGUUGCCAUGUACAACAACGGCAACAAGGAUGGGAGCCUGCAGUGUCCCACCUGCAAAACCAUCUAUGGGGUGAAGACAGGGACACAGCCCCCGGGGAAGAUGGAGUAUCACAUCAUCCCUCACGCGCUGCCUGGCCACUCUGACUGCAAAACCAUCCGCAUCAUCUACAACAUUCCCCCAGGGGUGCAGGGACCGGAGCAUCCAAACCCUGGGAAGAGCUUCACCGCCCGCGGCUUCCCCCGGCACUGCUACCUGCCGGACAGUGAGAAGGGCAGAAAGGUACUGAAGUUGCUGCUGGUAGCCUGGGACCGGCGCUUGAUCUUCGCCAUCGGGACCUCCAGCACCACAGGCGAGUCGGACACGGUGAUCUGGAAUGAGAUCCACCACAAGACAGAGUUUGGUUCCAACCUCACCGGCCACGGCUACCCCGACAUCAACUACCUGGACAAUGUCCUGGCUGAGCUCGCAGCCCAGGGCAUCACGGAGGAGAGCCUGGUGCAGGAGAAGGACUGAGACCACCGCAGCGAGGCAAGGGAAGGGGAUGCCUGUGCAUCGUUCCCCCCACCCCCCGGGAUACAGCUACUGGAGAAACCUGCCUGGGGGCUUUGCAGGGGGCACCUGUAGCCCCCUGCUUCCAGUGGCACCUGCCUAGUGGGAGCAUUCCCAGGCUGGCUGGGAAUGUGGGAGAAGGUCCUUUUGGCCAUCCCCUUCAAUCCUGCAGGGAGAGAGCCUCCCCCCACAGAGCCACGGGGCUUCACACUGGCCUGGCCGUGUCGUCCCACCCCCGGCCAGUGUCCUAUCCCUGCUGCUGGUGUGCCGAGGGCUCGGGGAGCGCCAGGCUCCCCUCCCUCCUCAUCCAUCGGAAGGUCCCAGGCUGGCCCAAUGCUCCUGAUGUCCACCUGGGACUGGGACCUGGCCUGGGGUGGGAGUGGGGGCCAUGGGAGUCCCCCUCGCUCUGCCUCGUCCCUCAGCCGUCUGUUUGUUUGUCCUGUCUGGUACCUACCCACUGGUCUCCUGUGUCCAUGGGAGUUGGGGGGGCCUGGUUUGCCUCGGCUGGCCCCCCAGCCCUGUGCCCCCUUCUCCUCUUGGCUGUGUCUGAGCCGUGCCCUACAGGGCCCCCUUGUCUGGGCUACCCCCCGCUGCUGUGCCAGGGAGGUCCUGGCGGGUGGUAGGCAGUGGUGGUGGUGGUGGCAUGUUUCCUGGCCUGUCUCCUGGCACACCCCCCCCCCCGAGUGGGUUCCUUGAACUGUUCGUAUGGGGGUGUCCCCACGUUGAAUUUUUAUAUACCUCAUGUUUUGGGGUUUUGUCGUAUAUAUGUACAUAUAGGUGGUGGCAUUUUGGGAGGUGGCCUGGGAGCUGGGAGAAUGCAAUGCUGCGGUCAGCCUGGGGGCUGAACCCAGUAGCGAUUGAGGGGGGGCGGGACGCACUGCUCCCCUGCUGCAGGACCCCCCCGCCCUGAAGGGGGUCAUUGCCUGUCGCCUGUGGGUUCCCGUGGGGCCAGGCGCAGGUGUGGGUGGGAGCUGUUCCCCUUCCUGCUGGGUCCCGGCACCGUCCCUAGAAAUCACUGGGGAGGCCUUUGGGGGUGGGGGGGCGGUGGGGGAGGUGGCUGGCUGGCCGUGGGUUGGCACAGUGGUUUUGGGCUGGGGCCAGGAGUGUUGCGGGGGGCGCAGAGGAGGGUUUUGCAUGGCAUCUUGGGGUCCCUGGCAGCCCCCGAGGGACUUCAUAGGUCCUCUCAGAGCCACCUGUGAUGGGGAGCUGUGGAGGUCCCCAUGGUUUUGGGGGCUGCCCUGGGGGCACUCUCGCCAUUGGUGGGGGCUGGCCGCGCUCAUGCCCCUGCCCGUGAGACCCCUGGGAUUGGAGAGUGGAGUGGGGGCCAGCACCCACGCUGCCCAGGCUGCCCCCAGCCCUGCACUGUUGCUCCCUAGGGGGUUGGGGCUUCCUAGCCCGUUUUGUUGCAUUUUUCUCCUGGUUUUGCUGGAGGGGGGGUCGUCACCUCGGCCUCUGUCCCAGGGGACAGUGGCGCGGGAAGGGGACCUGUCCCGCUGUGCAUCGUUCUGUUGUUGUUGCUGUUUUUCCUCUUCCUGGCCUGGGAGUGCGUCGUCCCCAGCCGGCCGCCCUGCGGAGGUGGGGGUGGGGGUCAAUAAAGCGGAUGGCAGGGGACGCUCACUGUCCCUGCAUGG